UCGGUACAUUUUAUUCUUACAGGUCCGUCUUCGCUGAUCGGGAAGGUAGACAAAACGUGGCGGAUUCGGUGACCCCUAUUAGCAGUGUAACGCAGCUUAGCCCUCGAGACCGAGAAAGUUACCCAAGACACCGAAAUGCGCGAAUACAAGAUCGUGGUACUGGGCAGUGGAGGUGUUGGAAAAUCUGCGCUUACCGUUCAGUUCGUCCAGGGCAUAUUCGUAGAGAAGUACGAUCCAACUAUCGAGGAUAGCUACCGGAAGCAAGUCGAGGUGGACGGUCAACAAUGCAUGCUGGAAAUACUGGACACAGCCGGCACGGAGCAAUUCACGGCCAUGAGAGACUUAUACAUGAAAAACGGACAGGGCUUCGUUCUUGUGUAUUCGAUAACAGCCCAAUCUACAUUCAAUGACCUUCACGAUCUGAGAGAACAGAUACUCCGAGUAAAGGAUACGGACGACGUGCCGAUGGUCCUCGUUGGUAACAAAUGCGAUCUUGAAGAUGAGAGGGUGGUGGGCAAAGACCAGGGCAUCAAUCUUGCCCGGCAAUACAAUUGUGCGUUCAUGGAGACCUCUGCCAAAGCAAAGAUUAAUGUUAGCGAUAUUUUCUACGAUCUGGUGCGGCAAAUCAAUAAAAAAUCACCGGAAAAGAAAAUGAAGCAGAAAAAGAAGUCGCUGUGCAUAGUACUGUAAAGUGGCAACAGGGCCUGUGCUGUGUGUUUUCGUGUAUAAGAUGGAUGAAGUAAAUAAUUUGAGGAGGCAAGCAUGGAGCUAAGCGAAAAGUUAUAAAAAAGUAUAAAAAAGUUAAUAAAACGAAAUCGAAGAUACCAGUGUGUUGGUUCACGAAACAUAAGAAAAGUAAAAUAAAUAAGGGAGAGAGAGAGAGAGAGAGAGAGAGAGAGAGAGAGAGAAAGAGA